AUGGGGGCGUUGAUCAGCGCCAAUCUCCAGCCUUUCUUUACACUGUUCACGACCCGGCCGGUGGCAUUCACCUAUCGAUGGCGAUAUUUCGCAUUCACUCCCGGCUUUUGGUUGAUUAAUAGCAUGAAAUAUCUUCCAUGGAUAUUCUCAUCAGCAUAUCGGAGUUAUUACAUUCCGUCGACACAUGGGGGUCCCGACAUCCGCGUCAUAGUCUUUGAGCCAGUGUAUGGUUCUUCUUCACCAGCGAAGUCAAAACCUCGUCCUCUUCAUUUCACCGUCCACGGGGGCGCGUUUAUGCCGGGCAUCGCAGAGCAAAACGCAGAACUCGCAGAUAGAGUAUGCAAAAGUACUGGCGCAGUAACCGUAUCGGUUCAGUAUCGAGGAGCCCCGAGAUUCGUAUAUCCGGCUGCUCACGACGACGUUGACGAUGCUUUGGCAUAUUUUUUGUCACCUAAAGCUGUUGAGCAGUUUAAUCUGGAUUUGAAUAAUGUGACUGUCUCUGGACUUUCGGCUGGUGUUAAUCUUUCUUUAUCGGCAUCGAUGAACCAUACUGGUGGUAUUAAAGCGGCGGUGUCAUUUUGCGGUCUUGUCGAUGUUAGAAUAGGCCCAUGGGAGAAGCCAAAGCCGCCUGGGUUCCCGACUUCGAAUCCGAUAGCAUUUCUGGAGCCUGUAUUUGACUCAUACGCUGGACCACUGAGGCCGAAGCAUGUGGACGAUCCACGAUUGAAUGUAAUCUUGGCACCAACCGAUAAAUUGCCUCAAGAUAUACUAUUUAUUAUCCCAGAAGUGGAUAUCCUACUACAUGAGGAGACGAAGAUGGUUGAAAGACUGAAGAAGGAGACGCAAGGAAGCGAUCGAAGGAUUGAAGCUGCAUUUUAUGAAGGCGAAAUGCAUGGGUUUCCGGAACUACCUGGAAUUGUAUCCGACCCGGUGAAAUGCGAAGAUGCCUGGCAGAGGAUGAUAGGCUUUUUGAGAGAUUCCAACGAGAAGGGAGGAUGGAAAUGGACAACUUAG